CAACAAAUGAUUCCAGUGCUGAAAACAAGACUGAAUUUGCUGAUGCAAAUUAAUAGGGUAACAGCGUCAGUGUAUUACUCGGCAAGGGCGGCGGAACAUUGUAAGGACAAGUGAUGUAUGGAACAGGCUAUUCGCUAUAUUCUGUGACAACAGGUGAUUCCGGUAGUGGCAGCAGAACUGAUUUGGCUGUUGGACAUAGCUACCAAAAGACAGUGAUAACUACGGGCGAUUUUAAUCGAUGCUGAUGAUAACUGUGAUACCACCGUCAGUAUGUUGCACAGUAACGAUGAUGGAACAUUUCGGAGUCAAGGGAUAUAUGGAACAGGGCAUUCUGUAUCUUCUGUCACAAGACAUGAUUUCUGUCAACACAUGAUGCUACAAGUAACAGAGAAAUCAAGCAUUAAGAAAACAGGGAAAAGAAUAAUUUAAGAACUUAAGAAAAUAAGGAUCUAAAUAAGAAAAUAAGGAUUUAAGGAAUAGGGAAAUUAAUAAAAUAGGGAAAUUAAGGAUUUAAGGAAACGGGGAAUUAAGGAUCUCAGGAAAUAAGGGAAAUAAGAAAUAAGGAUCUAAGAAAAUAGGGAAAAUAUGAUUUUAAGGAUUUCAGUCCAGGCCCAAUCUAGAGUUUUAAUUGUAAGAAGUAAGUGUGUGGCUGAACAAGUGGGAAGCAAUAGGCAGAUGAAAGAGGGCUCAAGUUACUAUCUCGAGACUUACUCUCAUGCUGCCAUCUCUCCGUCUCCAUCCAGGAGCUGUAAGGAAACUCAGAAUAAUUCAUAAUAACAACUUAUGUUAUAAAUUCAAAGUGUCAGUUAACAUAGAUCUUAUUAUCCUUACGUCCUUAAAUCCUAUUUCCGUAGGUCCCUAUUUUCUGUAAACCUUUUAGGUUUCCUAUGUUCUUAAACGCUGCGUUUACUAUUGUAAAACUUCUGAUAACCUCAGUCUUAGAUGCCUACGCAAUAACAUGUACAAUAAUACAGUGCUAGACACUCUAUUAUCUAGAUAACGAUAACUGGACAUCUAUUCUGUGACAAAGAUGAUUUCAGUGGUUAUAAUACAUGUACGUUGACUGUUGCAAAUAGCUAUUAUAACACCGCCGGUAUGUUGCUCAGUGACGGGGACGGACAACUUCAAAUGCAAGUCAUUUAUAGCACAAAGUAUUUAGUAUCUCCUGUGACAACAGGUGAUUUCAGUGGUGGUAGUAGAAUUCAUUUGGCUAUGAGACACAACCACGAUAACACAGUCGAUAUACUACUCCGCAACGCGGUCAGAACAAUUCAAAAUCAAGUCAUACAUGGAACUGGGCGUAAUUCUGAAUCGAUGACCACGGGCGAUUUUAAUAUAUAUGAUAACGGUGAUACCACGGUGAUGGUGAUGGAACAUUUCCGAGUCAAGAGACGUGUAGAACAGGGUAUUCUGUAUCUCGUGUAA